GUCGCCGCUAUCAUGAUUAUCGUAUUCGCGGUCCGCUUUCGUAGGUUCGAUAUAGAUCAAAAUUCAUAUUUCGCGUUAUUCUUUCUCCGAAGUACGACAAAAAAUGCGAUGGACGCAAGCUGAUUGCCAGAAUAUCAUAACAUGUCCCGCAAUCAUAAGGACAAGUAUGAGAACUCCAACCCGCGUCGUAUUUACACACUCAUGUGCCCUGAGGACUAUCAAUCGGGGAAGAAAUCUCAUUGGUCGGAGUUGGAGAUAACAGGCAGUAUAAGAAAUCUAAGCCCCAACUUGUGGCAAAUGAUUCAUCUGACAGCUUUGUAUCUGAACGACAAUAGUCUGCAGAGAGUACCAGCUGAAAUUGGUCGUCUUGCCAACUUGCGCAUUCUAGAUCUCAGCAGCAAUAAGCUGCGUAGUUUGCCUGCUGAACUGGGGGACCUUAUCUACCUCAGGGAGUUGUUAUUGAACCAAAACUACCUUCGCGUGUUACCGUACGAACUAGGGAAAUUGUUCCAAUUACAAGUGCUUGGACUUCAAGGAAAUCCACUCAGCAAGGAUGUAUUGACAUUGUAUGGAACUGGGGAGCCUGCAGGGACAAACAAGCUGCUGACAUACAUGUUGGACAACUUACAAGUUACGGCAAAUCAUCCUCCCCAAAGACCGUGGAUUCCGUUGACAAGGCCCAACAGAACGAGACCAACAUGCAUAUUUACGGUGAUGUGUUACAACGUGCUGUGCGACAAGUACGCGACGCGACAAAUGUACGGCUAUUGUCCGAGCUGGGCGCUGGAUUGGGAGUAUCGGAAGAAGGGUAUCCUCGACGAGAUACGGCAUUACGCCGCGGAUAUCAUCAGCCUGCAAGAGGUCGAGACGGACCAAUUCUACAAUUUCUUCUUGCCGGAGCUUAAGCACGACGGCUACGACGGCAUAUUCUCGCCCAAGUCCCGCGCGAAAACGAUGGCGGAGAACGACCGCAAGUACGUCGACGGCUGCGCCAUUUUUUAUAGGACCGCCAAAUUUUCUCUGAUAAAGGAGCAUUUAGUUGAAUUCAAUCAAUUGGCGAUGGCGAAUGCGGAGGGUUCGGACAACAUGUUGAAUCGAGUCAUGCCCAAAGAUAACAUCGGAUUGGCUGCAUUACUUAGGACUAAGGAAGCCGCUUGGGAUAAUGGUGUUCCAUCUGAUCCGGCACAAGUGCAACAACCAAUUUUAGUUUGUACGGCGCAUAUUCAUUGGGAUCCCGAAUUUUGCGAUGUAAAAUUGAUACAGACAAUGAUGUUGAGCAAUGAAUUACGUUCCAUUUUGGACCAAGCUGGCCAGUCAUUCAGACCCGGCCAUAAACCUGACUCUUCCAAUGUUCAACUGCUACUUUGUGGCGACUUUAAUUCCUUACCUGAUUCUGGUGUGAUCGAAUUUCUUACAUCUGGACGUGUGGCGGCCGAUCAUCGUGAUUUUAAGGAUUUAGCGUACAAAUCGUGUUUACAAAAGAUCUCUGGCUGCGAUAAACCUAACGAAUUCACGCAUUCUUUCAAACUUGCAUCUGCCUAUAGCGAGGACAUUAUGCCCUAUACUAAUUACACAUUCGAAUUUAAAGGCAUAAUAGACUACAUUUUCUAUUCAAAGCAAAGUAUGGUGCCACUGGGCCUCCUUGGUCCGUUGAGCCCAGAGUGGUUUAAAGAGCAUAAAGUAGUCGGAUGUCCUCAUCCUCAUGUCCCAUCUGAUCACUUUCCUCUGUUAGUGGAGUUGGAAAUGACACCGACAGUAGGAACAAGCAAUGGUUUGAUCUCACGCAGGUAGCAGCCGCUGCGAUCUAGGCCCAAAUAACCAUAAGAAGACGAGAAAUCAAUAAGGAAGGUAAAAAAGGGAAAAAAAGAAUUUGCAUCACUUCUUCUCUACUUACUUCUG